ACUUUCCAUCAUGACUUUGUAUCGAGAUUCCUAGACUCUCAUGGCAAGGAUUUUAAAAUGGAUUGUUACUGUAAAUUUCUUAUUCCUAUUUUGAAUAUUUGUUUAAUUGUUCUCCUAGUAACACAGUUACAGGAAGUCUUGAAAAAUGAUCGAUUAUUUCGGCAACGAAGCUAUUUGAAGGCUCUUAAUUAUUUAGCGAACCAGAUACCAUUCGAAGUAAUACACGAUGAUACUGAUUUUAAUGAAUUUGCUAAUGUUCUCAAAGCGAUGCCAGAAGCCCCGUUUGUUAUUAUGUAUGACUCUUCUAAUGUGGAUGUUGUCCUGAACCACAUUUGCAAUAUUCAAUUUAUUCCAAACACUUUGUCACGACUUGUUGCCCUCGCUUUCGAUAGAGAAGCACAAAUGGCUUUGAAGGAAAAACAUCCAAACAUUGUGAAUGGUUUGGUUGACCUAAAAAAAUUUAGUACGGUACCAGAAAAUCACGGCUACGUGACCUACUCUUUAGCUUUGCACACCCACGCAAAAAUUUGUGCAAGCUUGGCACUACGUGGCAUCGAUUUUUGGUCAAUGCAUCCGGACACAAUUUGGACUCAAAACUUCACUCAAUUGAAUGUUGAGCAAAUGUAUCCGGAUGCGAACCUAAUUUUUGAUACAAUCGGGAAUGAUACUCCGUAUUAUAUGAGAAUGAAGAAUUGGAUAUGUGGAGCCACGUUUUUUGUCAGGGGUAAUCCGACGACUUAUCAGUUUUUCAGACAGACAGAAUCCUUCAUGUUAUCCUUUCAAAGCCCAGACUCUACAGUUAUGGCAUAUUUAUGUGGUCACAGCCGUUAUAAGUGCAGUUUUCUACCCCACACAAUUGCCUCAAACUACAACUAUUUCGAAGGUCCACGUGAAAAUGUUCCUGCUCUUGUUCAGCUCGACGCUGGGAAGUUGGAGGGAGAAUCGAAAAUGGAUCUUUUGAAACGUGUAAAUUUUAUUUUCCAAUUUGAAAAUGGAACUUGUAAUCCUGAAGCGUUUCAAAAUGCGAGAGAAAUUGUGAAAAAUGCGUUUGCGGAUACACCUCGUAGAGAUACACGAUUUGAGCCGGAUACAAUGAAACAGAAAUAUUUGCUGAAGCACAUCUUCAAUAUAGAUCCUUUAGACAAAAAAAUGUUCUUAACAUCUCAUUAUACUUUGAUCUGAUUGUUGGAAUCACUGGUCAAAAGCUUUAAUCAACAUUUAUUUAAUAAUGUAUUUUUGAUAAAAAAAUAAAACAUUUCACUUAUUAUCA